AUGGAUCCACUUGACGUAGCACAAGCGGAAGGCACAGCUCCUAUCUUCGUCAUCGCAGAACGCGAAGAAGGAAACGCGGCGGUCCAUCUGGAUCGAUAUUAUCUUCUUGGUGAUGAUUUAAGAAUACAAUUGUCAAAUACAGGAGUACUGCCAGACCGCAUCCCAAUUUUCUCUCUCCCAGCAGACGUCGCUAAUCGCAUGCGACAAGAAGAAGAAGAAAUCCAAGACGAGGAUAUCCCCGCCCUCGAGGAGGAAAGAAGCCUCGAAUCUACAAAUAUGAAAAAAGAUGCAAUCAGAGCAGUCCUGAAGCCAGUCGAGAGGAGUACAGACGAACUAAGCCCUUGUUUCUGCAACGAACCAUACGCAGAUUCAACGGCAAAAAUCGACAACGACUCGCACGAACCGGUUAAGAUGCCAGAUUGUCCACACAUUUUCGGAAAAUGUUGCAUCGUACAAUGGCUGGGCGAUAACAACCCCUCGACUUGCCCGAUGUGUAGGAGAGUGGUUAAUUUACCGAGGGAUAGGCCGGUAACGCGAAAUGAGACCGAUGAUGUUUAUAGCAUCAUUGACUACCAUUACUGA